GGAGGCUGGGGAGAUCAGGACUUUAUCUUCGAUCGGCUGACUUCUUCUCAGACGAAGGACAGGGGACUGAGAAAGGUUUCUCUGGAAUCCGCUUCAAUUGACGACGGACACCGGGAUCGGAGGCUGAGAACGACGAACAAUGGACGAUUGGAGAUCGGGAGGCUUGCGACGACGGACGGUUGGAGAGGGAAGGCUGAGGACGACGAACCCUAGUCGCGGCUGAGCUCUCGAUCGACGGACGAGAGGAAUUGGACGCGGUUUCAAGUGUUGGUUUGAAUCGAAUAGUAAGGUCCGAAUCCAACCUUCGUCGGACGGAAAUUGACGGUGGCCAGGGAGACUUCACCCCUUUCUACUAGGUUAGUUCAAUUGCUGCUGGUGGGCAGUAUGAUGAUCUCAUAAGAAAGUUUUGCAAGAAGCAGGUUCUUGCAGUUGGUAUUAGCCUGGGAAUUGAGAGGGUAUUCGCAAUAAUGGAGAAACUCACUAAAGUGUAUUACUUCAACUCAACAUUGGUUCCUGCAGUUGGUAUUAUACAUUGAUAGUAAUAUGUUGUUAUGAAAAUAAAGUGUAUUACUUCAACUCGGCAUUGGGGACGGGGACUUCCAAGAAUCUUACACUGAAGACCUACGCAAACGAGUAAGUCUAUAUUAUCUUUAUUCUAUGCAAAUUCUAUUCACAUUGUAAAGUGGCCAGCCUCCACCUCUGUUGUCAUCGUUGCACCCACUUCAAUCAUCCUAGCGGUGCGUGGAUCCCCAACCGUCAAUCAAUCGAGUAUGGUUUUCGAUAGAAUAGACGCUAACCUGCCGGCAACAACCCAAGCAGCGGUGCUCCCAAGGUUUGGCAAUUUUUGGACAUAAUUUUGAUUUCAUCUAGUUCAGAGUCAAUAAAAUUACAUCUUGAUAUUUUAGAUUUGCGAAUAUCUCUUCACAGCACUGAUUUAGGUUUUAAUUCUAAAGACUUUUUUAGGCUUUCGAAUACUAAAUGAGCGGCGAAUUCAUAGAACAAAGCCCAAGCUUUCUGGGUUUUGCACUGUUAGCCAAAUGUUGGCACAACAGUUAACACCCAAAUACUAAGUGAGGUUUCACACUGUGUUGAAAGCAUCAAUGGAGCCAAAGAUAGAAGAUGGAAAACUUCUUUGAGCUUCUACAAGCCUAUACUCAGAGGUUCACAUAUUUCCAUUCCACCAUUUCAUCACAAAAUUGACCCUUCUUUUACUUCUUUUUAAUAGUGUUGUAUGUUACUUUAUGUGAUGAUUGUUUGUAUGUGUUUAUUGAGGGAUAAUUGUUUCUAAUUUUAGCAUGAUAGUGUUUGGGUGAAUUCUUUGUUUGAUAGAGAGCUAUUAGAAAUACCACCUUUUUAUUAAUAUUUAAAAAAAAAUAGUAUAGCAAAGGCAUCGGUUGAUUUUCUGCAUUUUUUCAUUUUGAGAGCAACAAGGAGCAUAUACCGAUCAAGACAAGAAUGAAAAUUCAUGCUAAAUACUCCCACAUUAGAUCCCAUGCAAGUUCUCGACAAAUAGAGUUCAUAAUUCAACAAAUGAGCAUCUAAGGAACUUUUAAAAAAAAUCAGAUUAUCCAACAAAAAGUUGCUGAUUUUUUCAAAAGAUAUGCACUUGAGAUUAAGUUUUUAUCAAAAAUGAGCACAGUAGGCAUCAAAAUCAGUAUAAGACCUUAUGAUAAAUUUCAAAAUAUUGUCCCUAAGCAAGAUAGAGCAAGGAUAAUUCAAAUUUCAAGCAUAUGGAUCACGCUACGGGGCAAAAACAGCAGGGACAAACUGUGGUUGUUUAUUAUAACCAAUUUGUGACUCUUUGGAACAAGCUGUACGGAUCAGUUGAUCCAACGUGUGGUUGCCGGUGUGAGGCCGCGGCUUUGAUUCGGGCGCGCGAGGAACAGGAGAAAACUCAUCAUUUUUUGCUCGGUCUCGACGACAAACAGUUCGGUCACAUCCGUUCUCAGAUUAUUGCCACUGAACCUGUUCCAGACAUACACCGGGCUUCUGCUCUCAUCGUUCAAGAGGAACGCCACAAGAGCAUUGUCCAUGGCCGAGACGACCGUACGGAUGCUCUCGCCUUUGCCAUGAAACGUCCCGCUCCUACCCUGGGUCGUGGAGACCCCCCCAUUACUCGUGCACACAUUGUGGAAAAGAUGGUCAUUCCGUGGAUUAGUGCUAUCAAUUGCAUGGAUAUCCGCCCGGGAAGGGCCGUGGGGGUCGCGACAUUGCAUCCGGCCGUGGUGGCCGAACACCGUCCGGCGGCAGUAACGCCCCUGGCCGUGGGUCUGGCCGAGGGAAAUCCAAAGUUUAUGGCUACUGCAGUAGAUUUAGGAAGAGAAUUGAUAAGGCGAAGAAUUAGUCUUGCUUAUGGAGGAGGCAACGUUGGCCUACAAGGAGCUGUUGCUUCAACAGUCUUUACCAAUGGAGGUCUCGUUAGAGGUUUCAUUCCUGGGUACAUAGCAACACGACGGGUCUACGGACCUACAUACGGCGUAGAGCACACAGUUUCCAGCAAUUACUACAAAUAUUUUGAGAUGAAUCAUGCCGUGGAAGCUUUCAUCAUUCUUCCUGGAGGAGUUGACACUAUGGAAGGUUUGUUCACCUUGAUCUCGUGGGCUUCUGAAGGGUUACACAAUAGACCCAUUGGCCUCUUGAACAUUGACGGUUAUUUCAAUAACCUACUCAAAUUUCUAGAUGAUGCGGUGAGGCAGAACUUCAUGGCUUUGAAUCAAAGGAAACUUUUUAUUUCUUCAUUCUUUGUUGAUGAGCUUUUAGACAAACUAGAGCUUGCUAAAGCUUUCCCGGGUCCGGGAGCCGGUUACGACGAGUUUGCAAAUCCUGAGAGAUUAGACCUAGAAUUGCAUCUUUAACUUUCCUCAUGUAAUCUAAGUUGCAUUCAUGUUGAAAUAAUAUCGUCCUUGAACAUUACGAGUUAGUCAUAAAUAUUAUUCUAAGCUGUAUGGCCAGUGCAGCUACAUUUUCUUCAUUCUUUAGUCUUUCACUGUUGGUGUUACUGUUUUACGUCUCGUUCUGUAUUUUACGUCAAACGAAUCAAUCGAUUUGUCUAGU